AUGGCCAUUGUUACGGCACUUCUAAGUGGUUUUGCAGGAGUUUACACAGAGGCAGCAAAGAGAAGCCAAACACUUCUUCCUUCUCAGGUGAAUGAUAACCGGAUUAUUCUUGACAAGACUCUUACUGAUCAAGUGUCUAUAUGGAAAAGUAGCAGAGGCCUGACUGAUAAGGUGGUCUUGGACCAUGAUUGCUCUGGAGAAACAUGUACAUACUAUCAAAUUGGAGAUGUAUUUGUUUGUGAGAAGACUGGGCAGGUUCAUGUUUGUGAUGAUACAUGUAGAGAAGCUGUUUUGGACCCUACAAAUGAGCUUUUGGUUUGUACAAUAUCUGGACAUUGUUUUGAUAGAUUGCUGUCACCAGCUGAAAUGGAACCAGACACUGUGGAUUCUGUAGUUUACCUUGUUGACGCGUACAACAAAGAGAGAUUUGCAGAGGCCAAAAAGGAGCUGGAUGCCCUAUAUAAAAAACAACAACAAUACUGA